UUCCCUUCCUCACGGAGUCACAGACGCACAAUUCUCCGAGUUCGAGUGGGUAGAAGAAGACGAGAGAAAGGAAAGAUGGGUUGUGCGAGUUUCUUCUACACCCUCCUUAUCACCUUCUCUGUUGCUCUAAUAACUUACAACAUAAUCAUCUCUGCAAAUGCUCCCCUCAGACAGGACUUCCCUGGCCCUGGCAACCCAUCUUCUUCUUCUUCUCGUCUCUUCUCGAUGGACCCCAUCAUCAAGAUGCCGUUGGAUCGAUCCAAGACUACUUCGCAGAAGAGGCUCUUCCACACUGCUGUCACGGCUUCAGAUUCGGUGUACAACACAUGGCAGUGCAGGGUUAUGUACUACUGGUUCAAGAAGUUCAAGGAUGGACCUAAUUCCGAAAUGGGUGGGUUCACCAGGAUCUUGCACUCUGGGAAGCCUGAUAAUUUCAUGGAUGAGAUCCCUACUUUUGUUGCUCAGCCCCUCCCUCCUGGAACUGAUCAGGGGUACAUAGUCCUCAACAGACCGUGGGCAUUUGUACAGUGGCUUCAGAAUGCUGACAUUAAAGAAGAUUACAUACUAAUGGCAGAACCAGACCAUAUUAUCGUUAAACCUAUACCAAACCUAUCGACGGACGGGCUUGGAGCUGCAUUCCCUUUCUUUUAUAUCGAACCUAAAAAAUAUGAGUCUGUUCUCCGAAAGUUCUUCCCUGAGGAGAAGGGACCUAUCACUAACAUUGAUCCCAUUGGGAAUUCUCCUGUCAUUGUUGGGAAGGCAUCUCUUAAAAAAAUUUCUCCUACGUGGAUGAACAUUUCCUUGGCAAUGAAGAAGGAUCCAGAAGUAGACAAGGCAUUUGGUUGGGUACUAGAGAUGUAUGCUUAUGCUGUUUCAUCUGCUUUGCAUGGUGUGGGUAAUAUCUUGUACAAGGACUUCAUGAUUCAGCCUCCCUGGGAUACAGAGGUCGGCAAGAAGUUCAUAAUCCAUUAUACCUAUGGGUGUGACUAUGACAUGAAGGGUAAAUUAACAUAUGGGAAGAUUGGAGAAUGGAGAUUUGACAAAAGGUCAUAUGACAAUGUCGCACCUCCAAAAAAUCUUCCAUUACCUCCGGCUGGUGUCCCAGAAAGUGUGGUGACCCUGGUGAAAAUGGUAAAUGAAGCAACAGAAAACAUUCCUAAUUGGGGGGCAUAAGGAAUUUCACAUUGGAGCUGUGCGGGUUUAGAGCAUGAGUUGUGAUGAUGAAUGGAUACACUUCAUAGUCACACAUGUAUCACGUUGAGCUUUUUGUGGGGUAUAAACAUGGGAUUUGGUGCUUGGCUCAUCACCACCACCUGUGUUGGGUGAUGGGUAAGAAAAGCCAAACCAUUGCUAGAACGGGUGAUCCAUCAGACAAAUCUCUACCUCAGGUUGAGUUUAUUAAAUGACAAGAUUCUGUACACCUCAUUCUUUCCGUUGUAACACUACUUAAAUCACUAUCUUUCAGUUGUAACACCACUUAAAUCACCAUCGAAAGGGUGAGAGGCUCCAUUUACGAAUU